AUAUGGCAAUAACAGUUGCUACGCUACAUGUAAUGUUUUAGUUUUGUAGGACGGAGCUGUCGUUUUAAGUGUGAAAAGUAGAUCUGGGAUCUUGUAUCACUAACAGUUGCUACAUGUAACAUCUUUCCUUUAAUCAUAUUUUAAUUGACAACUUAGCAUAGAACUUGUGUGUCAUCAACGAGUAUAUUAAUCAGUAUGUUGUUGGACUGUCAGAUUUAAAGACAUUUACAAGUAUGAUAAAGAAGUGUGUAUUGCUCGUUUUUCUAAAGUCAAUUCAUGCUCUCGUUGAAUUUGGAACGUUGGAUUUCAAUCUAUGCCGAUCUGAGGAAAAUAAAUUUUCUGUUUUGAUUGGAAGGACGAUAGAACAAUGUAUGGAUGAAUGUCUUGCCCGAGAACAUUGUAAAGCAUUCAAUUUUAGGACAAGAAUGAAGAUUUGUGAACUAUUUGCAACAACAAGUUCAGAUCAAUUUAGUCAUGGAGAAUGUCUUUAUGCUGACAAAAAAGAUCUGCAAACAGUGCAGAAUGACUGCAGUAUUGGUGAAGUUCGAGAGCCGAGUGGAUGUGUCGUUAAAGAAUGCAUUGAUAUUGUCGUCCCCGGAAAUGGAAGGGUCCUUGGCAACAUGAGGAAGGUUGGAAAAAAUAUCAGGUACAAAUGUGAACACGGAUAUAAAGUUAAGGACAAUGUGCCUACACCUGUUGCUGAAUGUCUGGAGACAGGACUUUGGAGCGCCAAUGUUGAAUGCGUUCACAUAACAUACACCUGGGCAACAUGGACUGGUUGGAGUCAAUGUAGCGUCUCUUGCGGUGGCGGUGAAAGAACUAGGACAAGGUCAUGUACCAUUCCUAUACAAAGCAUUGAUGAUGUUCAAUGUUUACAAGAUGAUCCGACCUUUGAUACAGAGACAUGCAACCACCCAGUUUGUGAAGGUAACACGACCAAAAACUUGUUCUACUAGUUGAAGAAUGUAAUAUCAUAUAGUACUUUAAUAAAUACUUGACUUUUAACAAAACGGAAGUGAAAUUAUGUAAUGAAUAUUUGAAAGUCUUUGUCAUUUAAAACGAAGUGAAUUUCUGAUUUUUUUCUAAGCCCCGACCAUAGGAAAUCUUUGCACGGUAGAUGCAGACUGUACAGAGACUGAAGGCACGUGCAUUGGAGGGAGAUGUUUCUGCAAUUAUUUGUAUAGAUACAACGUGACGUUAAGAAAUUGCAUAAAGGUAUGUGACACACUGACAGAUGAAUUUGAUCUGUUCGAUAAUAUUGUCAUCAGCGGGUACAAUGAUAUAGAGUACAUGAGGCCAACUGACAACGCAGAAAGUUGUGUACAGGCAUGCAUAAGCAACAUAAACUGUCUUUCUCUUGACGUUUAUACAGAUCCAACUGGAAAUAUGCUGUGCAAUCUGGCAAUAGUGACACGUGACAUGAUGCUCGAUGCAUAUCCUGAAAAUAUAAUUAAUUAUACGCCGUGGUCAAAACUUUAUACUAGGAUAUGUAUUUGAACGAAUAUGUGAAAAUAAUGUGUUUCAUUAGCAACAUACACUUCUUUCAUAUCGACAAAUUGUACUGUCGUAAACUUAAUCACUCAACGGAUACUUGAUUUAAUGAAAAAAGAAAUGAUAUGACAUUCAAAAAUAAUUGUAAUAAAAUACUUAUACAUUUAUAUGUAAUCGAUUGAAUCUUUGCUUGUCAAAUGAAUGAUAUUUUGUCCUAAACU